CAUGACAAUUUAAGCGAUGCCCCCCUGUCCAAGAAGGUGGAAGGAACCCCUAAGUCUUGCACUGGCAUGUUUUUGGGUUCAUUCUCUGUUCGGGAACGGAGCGGUGCUCACCGAAAAUCUCACUCGAGGUGGAUCAGUUCGCAGCUUCGGAUUCCAUGUCUUCACUGGAGGACGAGGUGCACUGUGAGAGCAUGGCACAAAAAGAGAAGCUUCAGUGUCUGAAGGACUUCCACAAAGACACCCUGAAACCAUCCCCGGGUAAAAGUCCUGGUACCCGACCGGAGGACGAGGCCGAGGGGAAACACCCGCAGCGAGAGAAGUGGGCGAGCAAGCUUGACUUUCUUUUGUCGGUGGCCGGUGGGUUUGUCGGGUUAGGGAACGUCUGGCGCUUCCCGUAUCUCUGCUAUAAGAAUGGUGGAGGUGCAUUUCUCGUUCCAUACUUCAUCUUUCUGUUCGGUGGAGGACUCCCCGUCUUCUUCCUGGAGGUGGCUCUCGGUCAGUUCACCUCUGAGGGAGGGAUCACAUGCUGGGAGAAAAUCUGCCCCAUCUUCACUGGUAUCGGCUACGCUUCCAUCGUGAUCGUGUCCUUGUUGAACGUUUACUACAUCGUCAUCCUGGCCUGGGGUUUGUACUACCUGUUCCAGUCCUUCAAGUCCGAGCUUCCCUGGGCCAGCUGUGACAACCCGUGGAACACGAAGAACUGCAUCGAGGACACGCUCCGCAAGAACCUUACCCUCGGUGGGGCGGUCAACACUACCAACUUCACCUCGCCAGUCACAGAGUUCUGGGAGCGGAACGUGCUCAGUAUCUCUGAUGGCAUCGGGGACAUGGGUCCUGUCAAAUGGGACCUGGCUUUGUGUCUCCUGGCUAUGUGGGUCAUCUGUUUCUUCUGCAUUUGGAAGGGUGUAAAGUCCACUGGAAAGGUUGUUUACAUCACAGCAACCUUCCCAUUUGUCAUGCUGGCUAUCCUCCUGGUCCGUGGCGUCACUCUUCCCGGGGCAGCCGCGGGCAUCAAGUUCUAUCUGUAUCCUAAUAUCACCCGUCUGGAAGAUCCUGAGGUUUGGAUCGAUGCAGGGACGCAGAUUUUCUUCUCCUACGCUAUCUGUCUCGGAGCAAUGACGUCGCUGGGAAGCUACAACAAGUACAGAUACAACUGUUACAGGGACUGUUUGCUGUUGGGAGGCCUGAACAGCGCUACCAGUUUUGUGUCUGGCUUCGCAAUAUUUUCCAUCCUGGGCUUCAUGGCACAAGAGCAAGGGGUGGACAUUGCCGAUGUGGCAGAGUCAGGUCCUGGCUUGGCCUUCAUUGCUUACCCUAAAGCUGUGACAAUGAUGCCACUGCCUACGUUUUGGGCCAUUCUUUUCUUCAUCAUGCUUCUGCUACUGGGUCUCGACAGUCAGUUUGUCGAAGUGGAAGGACAGAUCACAUCACUGGUGGAUUUGUAUCCAUCCUUCCUACGGAAGGGUUACCGUCGAGAAAUCUUCAUAGCUAUAAUAUGCUUUAUGAGCUACCUGCUGGGACUGACCAUGGUCACUAAGGGUGGCAUGUAUGUGUUUCAACUCUUUGACUACUAUGCAGCCAGUGGUGUGUGCCUUUUGUGGGUUGCAUUUUUUGAAUGCAUUGCUGUAGCCUGGGUUUAUGGCGCAGAUAAUUUCUAUGAUGCAAUCGAGGACAUGAUUGGCUACAGACCAAAUCCCUGGAUGAAGUGGUGCUGGAGUGUAAUCACGCCUUUGCUUUGUGUGGGAUGCUUUAUUUUCUCUUUGGUUAAGUACAAGCCUCUGACGUACAACAAGGUCUACGAGUACCCGGACUGGUCCAUCGGAUUGGGCUGGACCCUCGCCCUGGCCUCCAUGAUUUGCAUUCCGAUGGUGGUUGUGAUCAAGAUCAUCCAGUCUGACGGGCCGCUCAUUGAGAGGAUAAAAUCAGUGGCGGCUCCGGUGCGAGGCGGCGGCAGUUCGCGCCCUCAGGAUUACCGAGUGAAGGGCUCCGAACUGGCACACCCGCUCGACCCCAACGGGAACAACGGCUUGAUAAAGCCCACCCACACCAUCGUAGAAACCAUGAUGUGAGCGCUCUCUAUGAGAGACAUCAAUCACCUACUUUCCAUUAUAUAUGUACAUAUAUAUCGAUUUAUUAUUAAAGAAAUAUUGAUAUAGCGGUAAGACCAGGUUUACAUAUCUUAUGUAUCUGCACUAGGAGUCCUUUUGUUUUUCUUUAUUAUAAUUUUUUUUUUAUUUUAACAGAGGAAGUUACACAUAUUUUUAUCAGUCUAUGCUUUUAAUAUUUUUAUCAGAAAUCUUAUUAUAUUACCGUUAAUACUGUAGCUGUAAUUAGAGCGAAGAUUAAUUCCCAAAUGCACACGCCGGCUGUAAAUAAUGUCAUCUAUUCUGUGCGGACGAAAGAUGAAGUGAAGUGGACAAGAGACAAGAGACAUAAAUGUUUAUGGUGUUUGUGAAGAAAUGUACACUGGGAGAAUACAUUAUACAUUUACAUCCUUACAUCCUUAAUCACGGUAAUUUAGGUAAAUAUUUUAAUACGUUUUGUGCUACAAUAAAGGAAUAUAUGUAUUGACUACACAGGUAAUACUCAGAGGUGGGUAGGUUAGCCAAAAUUCUACAUAUAGAAUAUAGAAACAGCAGAUCAUUCAUCUGCAUAUUGAUUCGUCUUUUUACACAGUAUGCACUCCUGUCCCACCCCUCCUGUUUAUCUGGGCUUAGGAUCUGCACUAAUGGUGCACUGACAUGGUUAGUUCACGUUACACCAUGCACCUUUAGUAUUUGUGAGCCCAGAGCUCACGCUUUGCUGUUUCUAGCAGUGUGGAUUUUACCACCAUGCCACGCUAGCUCUCAUAACUGGUGCAAUUACGACCUCUGCUGGCUGAUUGAUGACGUUGGGAAAUAAUGCUGAUCAAGGUGUGUCUCUCUGUGCACAAAGCUGAUCCGCAUAUGAACUCGCCUCAUGCAGGUGAAAAGAUGCAGUCGGGUAUUGCUCACGUGUCAGGGUGUGUCAGUUCGCUCUCCUCAAUCAGAGAGGAGAUUGGCAUCAGUGGAGAGGAAGCAUAUCACAAUUGGGUAAAAAUUGGAUGUGCUAAAAAUCGGGAGAAAAUGUGAGAAAAUGCAUAAAAAAAUAAGAAUAAUAAAUACUAACAAAUAAAAUGACAGUGGAGGUCUUUACUACCCACCUAUGAUCAUAUCACGCUAUUUUAUAUUAUAAGUGCAGUAGUUAUUACAAAGUGUCGUAUAUACAUCCAGGUAAAAUGCAUACAAAAGCAUUGCUAGCACAGUGCAGGCAUUCGCACCCUUAAAUAAAUGCUACGUGGGCGCAAACGAACAUCAGACGCCUCUCAACUUUCGGCCAUUCGAAUAUGUUUUGCCUACCUGUAACCGUGGCACUGUUUAGCUACAGGGUUGGAUUUAAGAAGACUACACUGGUUGCAACGUUUUAAAAAUGAAUAAUCUUUAAUAAUUUUAGUGUUUUUAUCUGGAAGGAAACUGUGUCUGUUUGUAUCAACACCAAUUCCAUGAUUGUUAUAACGUGUGCAUCAUGUUAGCGACAGCACAAAGGACACUACGAUCUUUUCUGCACCGGAGACGCCGCGGCGCUCGAGUACAAACGUUCACACUAAAUAUAAACUCUCUCUAAACCACUAGAAACAAACAAAACAACGAACUGUAGCUCAUUUACGUAAACUGCUAGGCUGUACUGCCUGUGUUCUCUGUGUAUUCUGUAUUCUCAAGCACAAAACUGUAAAUCUGUAAACAUCUAUAAACAGAACUGAUAUAAUCGGUUAUUACUGGAGAAAUCUGAUGUAAUGAACGACUAAAACUGAUCCACUCUGUCCCACCUUCAGCACCUCCUAACAAACAGUAAAUGUGUUCUAAUGGAAUAAGCUUUAUAAGAAUGUAUAAUGCGGCACGUCGUCACUGAAAUGUAAAACAGAUUCAUCCUGUCGCACCUUUUAUCGUUUCGCCCUUUGUAUUCGGAUUAUUCGGAUUGUACUUCGGCUUCUUGAUGCACUUCCUGUUGUUUUAUAGGACGGAAAAAUUUAUCUACAGCUUUUAAUCAAUCGGUGCAAUUUGUAACGUGCAAUACUUUGUAGAACGACGUGCAUCGUUCCUGUCUUUUAGAAAGAUGGUACUUUCAGUGAAUCAUUUCUUUAUAUCAAAGUAAGAGAAAGAAAAGACCAGCACAUGGGGGGCCAAUUUAAUUCAGUUUAAUUAUCACUUCAAUCAGAGGUAAAUAAAACGAUGAAUGUUUUUUGUCACUGUAAUCAUUUCAUUCAAUAAUUUUGGAAUAACUUAAUAACCUAAAGCGAGCAUUAUUAUCAUUAUUAUUAUUUGGAUGUUUUUUAAUGUUAUUUAGUGCACAUGUAAGGCCUGCUGUUUCUUUAAAAACAAUAAUGAAUUUAUUAAUAUGGCUCAAGCACAAGAGAUUUAUAAUCAUGAUGCGGAAACAAACGUUCGACUGAUAAAUAUUGUUAAAUACGUUCUUUCAGAAAGUAAUAAAGACUUUGUAUGUUUUCCUUUUGUAACGAGUAAGAAUAACAAGCAAACAUUGUAUUUUAAAAGAAUUUGGAAAAGCUACACUUUUUUAUUUCCUAAUAAACAUUUAUUUUUGAAAAAAAA